AUGGCAGACACCAGCAAAGCCACACCUUCAUGCUGCCGCUCUGGCUCUCCAAAGAUGCCCAUUCCUAAGAUAAAUAUACCCUCAGAGGACCUGAAGACCACGCUGCUUGUCAAUAACAUACACUGUGCCUCCUGUGUGGCCUAUGCAAAGGAAGUCCUGUAUGGCCUCCCUGAUAUCAAAGCUGUCGAGAUCACUAUCCUUGCACACGAGGUCGCCGUCAUCCACGGCUCCGGGACAAACACUUCAGACCUCGUCAAGGCUCUCUCAGAUGCUGCGUUUGAAGUAUAUCAUGCCGAUACCUACAAUGAGUCUGGGGUCAAGGUCGGGGAUCUGGAUACAUCUUCGUCAGUCGGUAGUACAUGGUUAGAGUCUGGUAUCCUCAACUCUCCUCAACCAAGAAAGAUACUAGGAAGGUUACGACCCGUUUCUCCCGAUACUAGGAAGACACGCCAUAUUGAGAACUGCCUGGCUUGCAGAGAGGAAUUUGGUGCCGGUACUAGCCAGGCACAUAAGGGAGAUCAAUUAGAAGUACCCCAUUCGGACCCGCCCGGCCAUACUUCAAACCCUCGUUUAUUCAGCCCUAUAUCUCGAUCAGCAGUUACUCCGGCAGUACCGCCAUCCACAAACGAUGUAGUCGCGACCUCGCAGGGUGUUGGCGACGAAAUAUUCGAGGCACAGUUGAGCAUUGGUGGAAUGACAUGCGCUUCCUGUGCCAAUGCAGUUACAACUGAAAUUAAAUCUUCAAACCACGUUGUUUCGGUUACCGUCAGCCUUCUUACAAAUAGUGCUGAAGUAUCAUUCCACGGGCCGAGAGAAAAUAUCGAGAAAAUCGCAACCCAGGUCAAAGAUAUCGGAUUCGAGGCUUCGGUAGAGAAGGUUUCUGUUAAAAGCAGUCAGGCCGAGGGCGCUUACGUCGCAAAUAUCAGCAUCAAAGGUAUGACCUGUAGCUCUUGUGUAGGGUCCGUUACUAGAGCACUUGACGCUUGCCCUUACAUUAGCAAUGCUACUAUACAUCUACUGGGAAACUCAGGGAGGAUAGAAUUUCAAGGGAAGGAGAAUCUAGAGGAUAUCAUCUCCAGAAUCGAUGACCUCGGUUUUGAGGCUGCCAUAGUGGAUUGCAAACCGCUACGCAACAACUCUUCCGCCGUUGAAGAGGAAGUUAAAAGGAGAACUAUCCAGAUCAAAGUCGAGGGCAUGUUCUGUCCACACUGCCCUCAAAAGGUACUAGAUGCUGUCAGGGAAAUUUCGGACGGAGAGGUGACAAUUAUCGAGAGUCUCACAUUAGAAGAGCCGAUUCUCACUCUUUCAUAUACCCCAAACUCUCCAAUCAUUACCAUACGGAAUAUCAUUGCUACCAUAGAUGGUGCAAAUGAGGUAUUCAGGGCGAGCGUGUAUCACCCACCUACUAUCGAGGAUCGCUCUCGAGCGAUGCAAAUGCAUGAACAAAAGCGACUCCUCAUCCGUCUUCUAUUCACUUUCGUUGUUUCUAUCCCAGAAUUCCUGAUUGGCAUACUAUGGAUGUCAAUAGUUCCAAAGUCAAACGAUAUUCGAAAGUAUCUUGAGGAGCCUAUGUGGAUUGGUUCGGUUUCUCGUGCUGAAUGGGCUCUUUUCAUCCUCACCACCCCUGUCAUGUUCUUCGGUACGGAUGUGUUCCACGCUCGUGCUUUUAAAGAGAUCCGCGCUUUAUGGAGGCCAGGGAGCCGCGUGCCUAUAUUUAGACGGUUCUACCGAUUCGGGAGUAUGAACAUGCUCAUCUCCGCUGGAACAAUGGUUGCAUAUUUCGCCUCUUUGGCUGUCCUGAUUUUAAAAGCUCGCAUACCUGCCAGCGGACAUGAAUUAGGAGAAGUAGUUACAUAUUUUGAUACAGUCGUCUUCCUAACCUUCUUUAUCCUCGUCGGUCGUUCUCUUGAAGCAUAUAGCAAAGCAAAGACCGGUGAUGCAGUCGCUAUGCUCGGAAAACUUCGACCUUCUGAUGCAAUCCUGGUCCUUGACCAUACCCCUUCUGACCAGGUUGACCCAAACAACAGCUCUAUACAACGUGUUCCUGUUGAUCUGCUAGAUCUUGGUGACAUUGUUGUAAUUCCUCAUGGGGGAUCCCCUCCUGCUGAUGGCAUUAUAACUGGAACUGAGUCUUACAAGUUCGAUGAAAGUUCUCUCACUGGAGAAUCAAUGGCGGUCACAAAAUCAAAGGGUGACAAAGUUUUCUCCGGCUCAGUCAAUGUUGGACGACCGGUAUCAAUCGAGAUCACAGACCUGGGGAGUACGUCCAUGCUGGAUCAGAUAGUGGCAGUGGUACGGGAAGGCCAGGCAAAAAGAGCCCCAGUGGAACGAGUUGCUGAUGCAAUAACUGGAUACUUCGUUCCUAUGAUUACCCUGAUCGCUAUAUCAACAUUCAUCAUUUGGCUUAGUUUAGGACAAUCGGGUGUUCUUCCUCCUGAUUAUCUAGACUCGAAACAAGGCGGCUGGCCAUUCUGGAGCUUGCAGUUUGCAAUUGCAGUCUUCGUCGUUGCGUGCCCUUGCGGUCUUGCCCUUGCUGCGCCAACAGCCCUGUUUGUCGGCGGGGGUUUGGCCGCAAAACGAGGUAUCCUUGUAAGAGGUGGAGGAGAGGCAUUCCAAGAAGCCAGUCGACUAGACUCCAUCGUCUUUGACAAGACCGGAACGCUUACCGAAGGUGGAGCUCUUAAGGUGUCUGACCAUGAAGUUCUCAUUUCCGACGAGAUGGAUCUCCAAAUCGCAUGGGCAUUGGGCAGAGCACUAGAAGAAAGCAGUACUCACCCGAUUGCUAGAGCCAUAGUCGAAUUUUGUGCAGACAAAACGGCCAUUAUGGUUAAACAAACUUCCGUUGAAGAGAUACCAGGCCAUGGAAUGAAAGGGGCCUUUACAGUUCACGUAGAUGGCAGUGGUCAUGCACUCGAGUACGAAGCAUCUAUUGGCAACCAGCGCCUUGUCAGCCUUUUGUGUGGAGAAGAUCCGGACUUAUAUUUCUUGCCUGGCAUACUCUCUCGAUAUCAUUCCACUGGCAAAUCAUCUGCAAUUCUUUCCAUCCGCAAAACAAGUGAUACUACAAAGUUUGUUCCGGCCAUUAUAUUCGCAACCUCAGAUCCCCUCCGUCAUGAAGCUGCGCAGGUGGUCUCCCAGCUCCAGGCCAGAAACAUUGAUGUCCACAUGUGCACAGGAGAUAACGCUAUCACGGCUCAUGCUGUAGCCUCCGUGCUUCGAAUUCCCAGGUCGAACGUCAUGGCUAAUGUUCUUCCAUCCCAAAAAGCAGAAUAUAUCAAAAAGGUGCAGAACAAUGAGCUAGGAAGCAGGGCCCAGGCUUCUUCCGCGAACUCCAAGACCAAAGGCAAGAGAAAUAUUGUUGCUUUUGUUGGUGAUGGUACCAACGAUUCCCCGGCCCUCGCAGCAGCAGAUGUUAGCAUCGCCAUGGCGUCGGGCUCUGAUGUUGCUGUAAAUACUGCAGGCUUCAUUCUUCUCAAUUCAGACCUAAACACCAUUCUUGAUCUCUGCAAGCUAAGCCGCCGUGUUUUCAACCGUGUGAGGUGGAAUUUCCUCUGGGCUGCAAUAUACAAUGUUUCCCUUAUCCCGGUUGCCGCUGGUGUCUUUUAUCCAAUUGUGAGUGGACAUAGCGUACGUGAUGGAGUUAUUGUGAACAACCAUUGGAGGCUGGAUCCCGUUUGGGCUGCGCUUGCUAUGGCUUUGAGUAGUGUGUCGGUGGUUUGUAGUAGCUUAGCUCUCAGGGUGGAAUUUACAGCUGGCAUUGGUCGGCUAUUUAAACGGGCAAAACGAUAG